AUGAAACCUAAUCCGUUCAUUUUUCGACAGCUGGUGGAGUAUGCCUCGUCUACAUACACUUACAUACUCGGAUGUCCCGCGACAAAGAAAGCCGUCAUCAUUGAUCCGGUGAUCGAGACCGCUCACAGGGAUGCUCGGAUCCUUCGUGACCUUGAUUUGGACUUGAUUUAUGGGUUGAACACCCAUGUCCACGCUGAUCACGUUACUGGUACUGGUGUCCUGAAAUUGGCAUAUCCAAAAAUGAAGUCUGUUUUAUCGAAGCACUCCGGUGGCAAAGCCGAUCACUUCGUCGAUGAUGGCGACAAAAUCGAAUUUGGCCACGAAUACCUUGAUGUACGCACCACACCAGGACAUACAGACGGAUGUCUGACCUAUAUUUCACAUGCUCAUAAAAUGGCUUUUACGGGUGAUGCGUUGCUGAUCCGUGGUUGUGGGCGGACUGACUUCCAACAAGGAAAUCCUCACACUCUGUAUCGUUCCAUAUGGGAAAAAAUUCUCAGCCUGCCAGACGACUACCUCCUCUAUGUCGGGCAUAAUUAUGACGGAAUUCUUCAGACAUCUGUUGCUGAAGAGAAACGCUUCAAUCCAAGAGUGACCAAAUCUGAGGACGAGUUUGUGGAUCUCAUGAACAAGCUCAACCUUGAAUAUCCCAAACAGAUCGGUGAGUAUGGAUAA